GAUCCUUGCAAUCGUACAUCUAUUCAUUCCUAAGACGAUGAGGUUUGUAUCACAUUUUUUUCUAAACUGAAUAGUUUGCGCGAGAGACACUUCCAAAGAGGUAAAACGUGGGGUACAAACAUUUUACCAUUGUAACUUCUAAAAUAAGAGAAUGAUGUAACUAAAAAAAUAUAUCGCUGGUUUGCGAGAAUAUCGACGUAAUUCAAAAUACUGUCAAAUUGAAUUAUGUAUGCCAAACAAUCAUAAAUCUUUGAUAUUUUAUCGUGAACAGAGAAGCAAUGCCAAUUUCGCGCCAGCGUUCGUUAGAAAGAGAAGGCGUCAUUAUUCAUUUGAGACAAAACACUCAAAGCGUGAUCACAAAUAAAGGCUCAUCUCAGUUGAGCCUAUGACAACAGAGUGAACGCACGGUCGAUUCUCGAAAAUACCAACGUAUUUACAGUUCGGUUGCAACAAUUGUUAUUUUUUUUUCAAGAAUUGUGACAUAUUUAGUUAUCCGUCGUUGUUUCUGAUAAAAGUAAGUAUAUUUACAUAUCUUAUUUCUAUUUACGCCUGUAUUCUUGAAUAAAUAUGUGUGAUUGUUUAUGAUAUUGUAUUUUAUACCGACUUUAUGUAACUUGCGUCUAGAUUCACGAAAAAUAAACAGAUUUUAUUUUGUCGUAUAUAAGAAACGGCGUUAUUUUUGAAAAAAAUGGGCACGGUUUUGCUUCUUAUUACGAAAUGCGUCUAUGUUCAAGGAAUUUUGGGAUAGAAAUAUUGAGUAAAUUUUUUCAUGGUAUUCAUUGAUAAUUAAUUAUUUUCGUUAAAUUAUUUGUUUCAGAUAAUUAUCUUUAUUAGAGUUAUUCAAGAUGGCAGAAAGAAUGUUAUUCUUGGGAAAGUUGAAAGAAGCGGCCAGUAAAAAUAAAGAAAAUGAGGAUCAACAAGAUUUAACUAAUAGUGAACGUAGUACCGAUAAACAUAAAAGCAGUUUGCCGUUAAAUGAAAGAAGUUGCGAUGAAAAUGUCGAACAUGAUAUAAAUUAUAAUAACACAUCAGGUAAUAAUUCAGAAGAAAAUAAAUUGAGAUUGCGACAAAGAUCACCAUCCACAUCGUCAUCCUCAUCUUCUAGCUCAUCUUCCUCGACUUCCAGCUCAUCUUCCUCGUCUUCUAGCUCGUCUUCCUCCAGCAACAGAGCAAUAAAAGAAUGUAAUAAAGAAUCCAAUAACAUGAUAAGUUUAAAUGAAAAAGAACUCCACGGCCAUAGCCUAGAAAAUAAAACCAAAGGAAAUAUGGUAAGUAUAGAAUCAGUAAAUAAUAAUAUGAAAGAUGAGACUGCAGUAGAAAGUAAUUUACAAAUAGAAAGUGAACCAAAAGGUAUUGAAUUGACCAAUAUGAAUGCUGAAAGUGAAGAAGGAAAGGAAGAAAGAGAUUUUUCAUCUGAUGAUAGUAUCGCAGAUCCUAAUUAUCACAUUGAAAAUAAUGAUUUAUCGUCAGAUUCGGAUGAAACAGUAGAACAGAAUGAAAAAGAAAAUAUUUCACGUGAAUCAAACCAAAAUAUUACACGUAAGAGGAAAAUGAAGCCAGAACUUUGGAAAACGAAUGUAGCAAAACGCCUACGAAAUGCAGGGAAAGAAUAUGUAGGUAAAAAUAAUAAAGUUAUACGAGAGAGACGAAUAGGACCAGGAUGUACAGAAAAAUGUAAGUUAAAGUGUAACACAAAGUUUAAUGAUGAGACUCGACGCCAUAUUUUUGACGCAUAUUAUAAAUUACCUGAUUUGCAAAGUAAAAGAACUUUUGUAGCAUUCAAUAUGUCCUCUUUUGUCCCUACGUAUCAAUAUAAAAAAGGAACACGUCGAAAUAAUAACGCAUUUUAUUUGAAAGAUAAAGAUGGCGAAAAAAUUCGAGUUUGUAAGAGUUUUUUUAUGUCUACGCUGGAUGUAUCUGAUAGAUUUAUUCGAACAGUUACCGAAAAAUCAAGAAGUGACGUUUCAGGCAUUAUAGUAGAGGAUCUGCGAGGAAAACAUGGCAAUCACAGUCGUGUAGAUAAUAAGAUUAAAGACAGUUUGAGAAAUUUCAUUGAGGCGAUACCAAAAAUAGAAAGCCAUUACUGUCGAGCAGAUACGCGAAAAAAAUAUAUUGAUGGAAGUAAGUCUAUUGCAGAAAUUUAUAGAGAUUAUGUGAAACAGUGUGAAGAAAAAAGAGAGAAAAGUGCUAAUUAUAUCAUGUUUAAUAGAAUAUUUAAUGGAGAAUUUAACAUAGCCUUUUACCAACCUAAGAAGGAUCAGUGCGAAGAUUGUUUUGCCUACAAAAACGCAACUGGAGAAGAUAAAAAUCGACUAAAGUCUAAAUAUGAGAACCAUCUAAAAGAAAAAGAGCUUUCAAGAAUAGAGAAGGUUAAGGACAAGCAAGAAGCAGAAGAUAAAGAAUCAACUAUUGUAGCAGUUUAUGACUUACAGGCUGUGAUGCCAUGUCCUAGGGGGGAUGUGUCUAAUUUUUACUAUGUUUCUAAAGUGAAUACCUUAAACUUUACGAUCUAUGAGAUGAAAAAUAAAAAUGCGAUCUGCUACGUGUGGCAUGAAGGAGAAGCAAAUAGAGGAGCUAUAGAAAUAGGCACCUGUCUUUUAGAAUAUUUAAAAAGUCUUGGCAGAGAUGUAACAACUGAAGCCAAACUAGAUAUUAUUUUUUAUUCUGAUAACUGCUGCGGACAGCAAAAGAAUAAAUUUAUUAUUAGUAUGUACAUGUACGCUGUUUCUACUUUUGCUCAUAUAAAUAGUAUCACACAUAAAUUUCUAAUCAAAGGGCACACUCAAAAUGAAGGUGACAGUGUGCAUUCUGUCAUUGAAAGAAGCAUCAAAAAGACUUUGAAAUCGGGCCCAAUCUAUACACCGGAUCAGUACAUUUCAAUUAUUCGCACUGCAAAAAAGAAAGGAUCUCCUUACAAAGUCAUCGAAAUGGAUCAUAAAAGUUUUUACGAAUUAAAGUCACUAGCUUCUGACGUGGGUAGAAAUUUUAAUAAAAAUACUGAUAAUGAGGGUGUGAAAAUGGCAGAUAUAAAGGUUUUAAAAGUAGAUGCUGACUACAAAGGGUUCUUUUUCUAUAAAACAUCUUACGGUGAUAAUGAAUUUAAAUGCGUGAAAGUUACUAACCGUGCAUCAAAAUCUUUGGACGAAAAUUACAAAUUGCAACCUGCUUAUAAAAAAAGCAACGGAAUCUCAGAAAAUAAGAAGCGAGGACUAAUAGAUUUAGUUAACAAAAAUAUAAUUCCAAACUAUUAUCGUCAAUUUUAUGAGGGGUUGUAAAAUAAAUGAUUUAUUUUACUUACCUAUAUUUCCUUUUAAGAAUUACUGUUCCUAUUUUUGACUUUUUUCAUUACUUAUUUUGAAGAAUUCAAGUUUAUUUUGAUUUCAUUUUUUUUGAAAAACAAUGUUUUUAAUACCUAAAUAUAAAGUUACUAUUGUAUGUUAUAAAACUAUUUUAAUUUGUUAUACUAUACUAUAAGUACAAAAGUUUUAAACACUGUUGUAAGUUUUAACUUGUAUUUUAAAGAGGCUUUAAAGCUUAAUAAAUGACAUAAGUUGAUUUUUAUAAUUUGGAGUCUCAUGAAUAAAGACUGAUGUCUGAAACCCCCCUUUGUAUGACGAUUUUUUAAAUAAUUUUAAUAAAAGUUCUAAAAUGUUUUUAUGUUUUUUGAUACUACGAUAAAUUUUCCUUCAAUCAGUAAAGUCGAUCUCUCAAUAAAUCAUAAACAUUUUGCGGUAUGCACUAAAAUAUUUACAAGGAAAUUAAAAAAUGCUAUUCUCUAAAAUCAAUAAUUUUUAGUUCCGUCGCUAUUCUCGCAAACCAGCGAUAUGAU